UCCUCGCCAACACACACACGGUUCAGAAAGAACAGAAGAAAGAAAAGAAAGAAGAAAAGGAAAGAAAGAACGAAAGGGGAGGAAGGAGAGGGGGAUCCGAGAGAGAGGAAGAGAGCGCCGGGGAAGGAGAAGCUCGCCGCUGCCAUGGCGUCCUGCUGCUCGCGUCGCGGAAGAGAGAUGCGCGAAAGAGGAGGGGCCGAUUCUGACACCGCCACGACGCCGUGCUCCACGUCGUCGUUGCCACUGUUCCGUCACGAGAGAAGGACGCGCGAGGAAGGAAACAAAACCGCGAAGGAGCUCAGCAACGGAGAGAGGAGACGCGCGUCGGAUCUAUUGCCGCCGGUUCGCCCAGCCGAUCCGUCGCCAAACUGCGUCGCCUCUGUGAAGCUGUCUCCGUCGCCGCUGCCAGAGGUCGCCAUCGGAGCUGCUACUCCACUUCUGUCAUUCUUCUUUUCGCAGGUUAAUUUUUAUGGGUUUGCAUGUCAAAAAUUGAGAUUGAUGCUAAGCCACUGGAGCUUUUGGACGCUGUCAGAGCUACUGCCGGUUAAGUUCAGGUGGCUGCUGGGUCGUUCUUUUAUUCCAGAAUUAGAAACUGAGUUUGCAUGUUGCGAUUAAGGCUGUUUCUGCUGUUGAGAAAGCAAGUGGAGCUAAGGUUUCAGUUGACGUUGAUUUCGAGCUGAGGAAAAAGAAUUCAGUUGACACGUAUGGGUUAUGGUUUCACUUAUCGAGGUAGGGGCCUUCUUCGGAAAACUAUUCUUUAAUAUUGGGGAUUGUUAUAUAUUGAUAUUGAUGUGAGAAGUAUAUCUUUAGUGAUUAUAUAAGUCUUAUGUAUUGUUUGGUUGUAUUGGUUGGAUAUGAAUGUUUGUUUAACUGGAUUAUUGUUUAGUUUUGUUAAACGAAUGGUUCUUGAAGUUGUUUCCUUAAAGUUUUGAAAUUGAGUUUAAUCUGUUGAAAAUGAAGUUGUUUCUUGAAAUAUGAGAAUGAUAUGAAUUCUCGGGAUUAGUCUGAUUUUAAACUGAUUUGGUUUUAAACCCAUGGAAGGGGUUGCGGAAUGGUUUGGUUGGGACCCGAAAUGGGUGACAAAGUCCAAGUUUUAGGGGAGAUGCUGCCGAAUUUUUAUGAAAUUUAAGAUUCUAUUUUAAAAUGUGAUUUAGAAAACGAAUGAAUUUUAGAGGUUCUAUUAUUUGGUUCUUGAUUUAUUAAGAAAUAGGUAUUCCGGGUUUAAUCUGUUUAAAGAAAGUUUAUGUUUUAAGAUUGAUUUAAAUAUGAAAGAACCUAUAUUUUGAAGUUUGAUUAAAGAAGUACUUUUGGAGGAGUUUUAGUGAAUUUUAAAAGAAAUUGAACUUUGAUUAAAUAAAUUUGUUUUGCUUUUGAAAUAUUCUUUAAAUUUUGACUUAGCAAGACUAAAUAAUUCCGAGCCUUGGAAAGGUUUCUGAUUUAAGAAUGAAAUGAAAUUUAUUUUUGCGCUUAAAUAACUUUGGUUUUGAAGGUGGUUCGGAACUUUUGGCUUACGUGCCUUGAUGUUGAUUUUUAAUCUUCGUUUUAAUUGAUUUCAAUUUAGGUAACUAUGAUUCCGAGAAUUUCUAAAGAAUUUGAGAAAUGUGGCAGGUUAUUUUUUCUAGAGUCUUGAGUUUUUGCCAAUGUUGUUAAUUAAUAAUUCUGAUUUGAAAUAGUUAAACAAAUGAUUUAAAAGUGAAGGAUUGAGUCUUUUCAAAGAAAAUUCCUUUUUGAUAUGAUAUUUUUUAAAGUCUUUUGGAAAUUUUAGAAAAUGUCACAUAAGGUGGCUAAGUUUUGAAAGAGAAUUGGUUUUGAGAAAACAAGUGGAUUAUGAACUUGGAAUAAUUUAAGAUAUGAGGAAUUUUGAAUUUUGAGACAAAGAUGAGUUUGAUUUUUGGUUUUUUAAAAAAAGUGAUUUGAGGAGAAAGUGAUAUAUGACAGGAAUGAUGUUUUGACUUGAUAUGAAGUGUUAAUGAAGUGCGAAAAUGAUGAUGAAUAAAUAUGUGGCUUUUACACUUCUUUUAUCUGAGAUACGAGUUUUCCUGGAUAAAGUACCGUGGCUUGCCACCACGUGUUCCAUGUUGAGACUUGAUAUUCUGUUGACACUAUGUCGUAAGGGUGACCGUGCACUUAUAAAUUUCCGGGAAGGUUAACUCCCAUUGAGUAAAGUUUUAAAUAUAUGUACAUGAAUUAUGAAUGAAAAGAGUAAAAGCUAUUCAUAGACUCAUGGGAUGCGCGAUGGAGGACAGUCCAGGGUUUAGUAGCCGGACUUGUCAGGUUGGCUUGAUAACCGACAGAUGAGAUUUAUAAGCCAUAGGGCAGGCAUUCAUCAUAUGCAUCUAUGUGACAUUGUUUGGGUAUGCAUAUUGUAAUUGGUUUGCCUAUGUGAAUAAUUAUGUUUAAUUGUUAAUUGCUCAACUUGAUGUAACUGCUUGAUUGUGUUUGAACCUUCUUACUUGUAUUUGUGACUGAAAUUAGUUGAAUUUGUGGUGAAUUGGCUGUGGAUUGAUUUGUUUGGGUCUAAGGACGUGGUUGAUUAUGAGAUGGGGCGAAGACCAUGUUUGAUUUGAGUUUUUGGUUUAGAAAAGUAUGAAAAACUAAACUGGUUCAGUAUAGACUUAAUGAACCUAUGUUUGGAACAACUUGGUCAUUCAUGCUGUCUAGAAAAAACUUUUAAAAAAAGGAUUUUAGAUCUUUGAUAAAUUAACAACUUUUCUUUUCAGAAAGGAUUUUGGAUUUUGAAAAAUCUUUAGUUUUGAAAAGAUGUAUAAAGCGGUUAUUAAUCACUGUAUUUUUAAAAACAGUUUUAUUUCACGUAUCUUAUUAUAGUAAUUCUCUAACCCUAUACUGAGAAUCAGCGAAGACGAUGUUCUCAGUUUCCUACAGAUUUCUUCUUAUCAGGUUAUAGACGACAAAGUUCGGAAGAGCCUAUUUUAUUUAUUUUCUGUUCAAACGAUGUUUUAUGCUGUAUUAGUUACUUUUUUCCUCGCCUUUAUCUAUACAAGUUUUUAUAAGAGGGACAGGAAUUUGAUUAUGUAAUGCUUAUCAAUUAAUAAUAUGUAUAUAUAUAUAUAUAUAUGUAUCUUUAUGAGUAUUGUAAUUUGUAUUUUAAGCAUGGAUGUAUGUUUUGAAAAAUUUAGUUUAAAUUUUAAA